UUUGCAUGCAAGAUAACAGCUGAUUGGACAGUUUGUUUGCUGUUAGAACCACGCCCACUUAACAAAAAUGAUAAUCAAAGAGGGCUUUACUUUACUUUUGUUCCUGGCCUGGAAGGGAAAAGUUUCAAUGUGUGGCGUACUUACGUAGUCUACGAAAACGCCACAUGAUGUAUGCUUGAUGGUACUAGGUCACGCUGCCAGGGAAAUGGCACGAAUGAAGUCUUGAAUGUCGUAUUUUACAUAUUUGAGGAGGGAAUAUGUACUUCGCCUUCCCCAUUUUUUGUUUUUGUGUGUAAGGAAUCCUGCUUGCUUGUAGGCUGUGGUGUAGUGAUGUUUAAUUCGUUUUGGAUAACUGACAAUGUAGUCAUGACAGUAUUGCGCCCUGUAGUCAAGUCUGACAUAUCUGUGUUUAUGUUUUGUAGUGAAUGAAUUAAGUAAGCCCGUAGUCAGCCGUGUGUCUACGUAAUAUGCAAGUUUUUGAAAUGCCGUUACAACAGAUUAGCGUUUCGCCACUUGAUUGGGUCAAAGAAAAUACAAAUGCAAGCACCCAGAACCAGGACUGGAAAGCGCAGGAGCCCAUGUUCACAACUUCGAGUCAGCAUCCACCAGAACGUUGUGCAUCCCAGGCUUCAACUCUUUCUAACAACCAUGAUAUAUGCAGAAUCUGCCACUGUGAAGGAGACAGUGAGGUGCCCCUCAUUGCACCAUGUUACUGUGCAGGAUCCCUGCGAUAUGUUCAUCAGGCUUGCCUGCAGCAAUGGAUCAAGUCUUCAGACAUCCGAAGCUGUGAGCUUUGUAAAUUUCAGUUCAUCAUGCAGAGCAAGAUUAAACCAUUUAGUGAGUGGCAGACACUGGAGAUGUCUGGUGUGGAGCGCCGCAAGCUCCUGUGCUCUGUCACAUUCCAUGCUGUGGCUUUGACUUGUGUUGUAUGGUCACUGUAUGUCCUGAUUGAUCGUACAGCAGAAGAGAUAUACAAAGGUAUUCUUGAAUGGCCAUUCUGGACAAAACUCAUUGUUGUGGCUAUUGGAUUUACUGGUGGUAUUGUCUUUAUGUACAUCCAGUGCAAAGCUUAUCUUCAUUUGUGCCGACGCUGGAAGGCAUUCAACCGGGUGAUAUUUGUCCAGAAUGCUCCAGAAAAGGUUGCCUUGCCACCGUCAAAUUCCCAGCCACCGGUAGCAAGAGAAGAAUCACUGCUAGUGUCAGAGACCUGCUGUGGAGUUGUCACCUCGGCCGAUGUUGGAAAGGGAAAACGCAGAGGGAAUGAGUUGGCUAAUGCAACUUCUGUGGAUUCUACUUUCCAUGGAGGGAAAUGGAAGAGUUCAUGUAAGAGUAGGGUAGAAGAGAAACAACAUGAGAGACCAGUUUCUGUUUCUGACAACAUACUUUUGACAUGUACUGAAUCUGGAAAUGAAGAAUUACUUAAGAGAGUUACUGUAGUUGAUAAUGGUAAUGAUUAUCAGUCCCUAGUGUCAGAGACCCUUGAUGGUUAUGGUAUUUGUGAUAUAAGCAAUUUAAAGGAUAGCGACUGUCAAGACAGCACAGCUAAUAUAUCAAGUAUAAAGUUUUCUUACGAUGAUUUGUCUCAUGUAAUUGUAGACAAUUGUUUAACUGAAAAUGAAUAUGAAGAAAUGAGUCACCUUUUACAAGAAGAGAACAGGAAGUGUGAAAGUGUAUGUAGAAUUGGUGGGAGUCGCCAAGGUGCAGUUGGUUUUGUGUUUCUUCCAUCUCUUGCAUCUCCUCUGGCCAGACAGACAGAAGCAGAGGGGAGGGGAGUAUUCCAAGACAGAGACAUACCCAAUACAUCCACUAGCUGUACUGUGAGUUCAAGUAGCAGUGAAGAAUCAGUUCGGUCACCAUCAAUACGGUUGCUGCAACAAAAUCGAAAAUCACUGAAUGAUACAGGACUGUCGCUUAAACAGUUACAGACUCCAUCUUUGCCGGCAAGACCAUGGACUGUUGGUCCUUCCAACUCGGGUGUGAAGCGGGUGUCUGAUGUGGCAUCUGAUCAAACAGGUGAAGUGCCAGCAGCUACAGCCCGACCAAAGUUCUCUCUUGGGUCCCAGUCCCCACUUAUUUCUGUAGCCCCUGUGAAUGAAGAUUCUACAAAUGCUACAUGAUGACUGCACAAAUUGAACAAAAUUCAUGAGGUGCAAAGAAAAUUUAUUUCAGAAUAUUUAUAAUAGAAUCCAUUGUUUUAUAAAAUUAGGCCUAUUUAAAACAUU